GAUACUUUUGUUCUCACAUUGUCAAUCAUGGAAGAACCAGUUGUAGUAGAAAUCUGUGAUGAAUCUGAGAACUCAAGUAUCUCAGCUACCUCUCUUCCUUCUCAUGAGAGAAAAAGAAAGAUGAAGGAAAAGGUUGUUGAAGAAGAAGAAAACCAACCACCACCGCCACCGCCACCGCCACCGCCACCCCCACCACCACCACCACCGGAACAUGAAUUCAUAGAGUAUUUGGAGGUGGCUUCUCCUCAUGAUGAUGAAGAACCAUCGCCAGAUCUUCCUGAUUCCGGGACGAGCAAGCGGUCUCGGAAGGAAUUCUCAUGCAACUUUUGCAAGAAGACAUUCAAUAAUUCUCAAGCAUUAGGUGGACAUCAAAAUGCUCAUAAGCAUGAAAGAGCUAUUGCAAAAAGAGGGAGAGAAUACCCAGCAGGCAUCCCAUGGUAUUCAUAUCAUCCUCAUCAAAUGCCAAUGAUUACUCCUCCUACUGCUGUUCCUGGUAAUGGGUAUCACCCAUAUCCUCUUGGUCAUGGAUUGCACUCACAAAUUCUUUAUAGGCCUAAGCCGUAUCACCCUAUGAGCCAUGCUUAUACUCUCCAAGGUGUUCGACGAGGCCUUAAUGGGUACUGUACUAAUACAAGAUCUCCUCCUUUACCUAGAACUUAUUAUCAUCGAUCUAAUCAUGGAUUGAUAUCCAUGUCGAGAUAUAUUAAUGGAGAUUCUGCUGCUCGUUUGUUUGGAUGUUAUCCUCCAUCUUCAAACCACCCGGUAGCUUCUUCCAUUGCUCCAUCAAAUGCGAAUUCAAAUAUUAAUACAAACCCAGUUGGGAUAGGAACUGGUGGUGGUGUUGGAGGUGUUGUUCCUCGUUGGAACCCUUUGGGAAGUCAUCAUAAUCAACGAGAAGAUCAUGUGGAGAUUGAUCUAUCCCUCAAGCUUUGAUUGCAUGUUUACAUGCUGUUAGCUAUGUUGUCUUUUCUUUUUUUUUUUUUUUUUUUUGGGUGUGGGGUGGGGAUGGAGGUUGUGUGUCUUAAAAUGUAGUUUGAUUGAUGGCUUUAGAGUUUGUCCAUACUCCAUAGAGGAUAAAGUAUUUCUGUCCAUAAGGAACAAAGUAUCAUUUAUUAGUUUGUAAGAUUAAAUGCAUA